AUGGAUUUGAGAUUUGUAUACCGUGAAGGUUAUUGGAAGAACUCAAGGGAAAUGCGACUAUUCACAUGCAAAUGGUUGCCUAUUUCUUCUUCUCCCAAGGCUCUUAUUUUCCUUUGUCAUGGCUAUGGAAUGGAAUGCAGUAGAUUCAUGAAAGAAAUCGGAGAGAAAUUAGCCUCUGCAGGAUAUGGUGUGUUUGGUAUGGACUAUGAAGGACAUGGACACUCUGAAGGUGUUCGUUGUUACAUAACCAAAUUUGACAACAUUGUAAACGACUGUUCCAGCUUUUUCAAAUCAAUUUGUGAGCUCCAAGAGUACAAGGGAAAGGCCAAAUUCUUGUAUGGAGAAUCAAUGGGGGGAGCAGUGUCCCUACUAUUGCAUAAAAAAGACCCUUCGUUUUGGGACGGUGCCAUUUUUGUCGCACCAAUGUGUAAGAUAUCAGAGAAGUUGAAACCCCAUCCUGUUGUUGUUAGUAUAUUGACAGGUUUGGAAGAAGUAAUUCCCAAGUGGAAAAUAGUUCCUUCAAAGGAUGUCAUCAACUCAGCAUUCAAAGAUCGUACCAAACGGGAAAUGAUAAGGAAAAACAAGUUAAUAUAUCAGGACAAGCCAAGGUUAAAAACAGCUUUAGAGUUGAUGAGAGCUAGUUUAAGUGUUGAAACCACCUUACAUGAGGUGACAUUGCCUUUUUUAGUGUUACAUGGAGAGGCAGAUAAAGUGACAGACCCGGAAAUAAGCAAGGCAUUAUAUAAUAGAGCUAGUAGUGUAGACAAGACCAUGAAAUUGUACCCGGGAAUGUGGCAUGGGUUAACAGCUGGUGAGACUGAUGAAAAUACUGAACUUGUUUUGGGAGACAUCAUAAGUUGGUUGGACAAAAGAGCUAAAAGCAAUGCAAGUUUGGAGUUUUAUUUACCUGUUCCAACUUACAAGGGCAGAAAUAUUAAUGAGUUUCAAGAAGGCCGCUUUCGCGCAUCACUGUAA